AUAAUAAUGACUUAUUUUGUGAUUAAAUGAAUAUAGAUCUAGUGAGGGUUGUGCUUUUUCUGUUAAGCCUGCAAAAAUCCUACUAUUUCGUUUGAUUACUAUAGCUAGCUAGGUCUAUACACUUGACAUUGUAUAGCAGUCACAUAUUUAGCUAAUUCAAGCUUAAACCCUAUUACAUGCUGCUAAAAAGGAAUUCUAUAGCCAUGGCUCAGCUAUUUUAUCGAAUGCCCACUGGUAGAGUGAUACCAAUCGAUGUGGAUGCUGACCAUAUAGUGGAGACAGUGAAGGCCAAGAUCCAUCAUCAAGAAGGUAUUCCACCUGAGCACUUCUUUCUGACCUCAAGAUCCAAGUGUCUACGAAGUGAGUUGACUCUCAGUGCUUAUGGUUUGAAGCAUGGAGCCACUGUGGAUGUGCAACUACGCCUUAAGAUGCAAAUAUUCGUUAAAAUGUUGAGUUGUAAACUCGUCACCCUUGUAGUUGAAAACAGUGACACAAUCGAAGUUAUCAAAACCAAACUUCUAGACCACGGAUCUACCCCACCAAAUCAGCAGCGUUUGAUAUUUGCUGGAAAGCAACUUCAAGAUAGACAAACAUUAUUUGAUUACAACAUUGAAAAAGAAGCCACACUUCAUCAAGUACUUCGUUUGCGUGGCGGAGGAAUGCAAAUAUAUACUAAAACUUUGACUGGUAAAACCAUCACUCUCGGAGUGGAUCCCAAUGGCACAAUCGAAGAUGUCAAGAUCAAAAUUCAGGACAAAGAAGGUAUACCACCAGACCAGCAGUGCUUGACGUUUGCUGGAUCGCUACUUGAGGAUGAUAAAACAUUGAACAAUUAUGAAAUUUGUAACAACAGUACACUUCAUCUUGCUCUCAGAGUAAGCGGAGAGACAGACAGUCUCAUACAAAUCUAUGUUCAUUUGCCGGAUGGUCAAUCACUGACUAUUACUGUCAAGCCAAGUAGUACAAUAUUAGAAUGUAAAAAAUUGGUCAAUAAGGCUGAAGGAACUCAGUUACCAAGUAAAGAGCAAGAAGUGAUUUUUCAGAAAAAAAUACUUGCUAAUGAUCAUAAGUUACAAGAUUAUGGUAUAGACAAAGGAAAAACAGUGCAUAUUGUACAAAAAAAUGGUCCCAAACGCAUAUGUGUGCAUCACAACAGCGAACGAGUAACAUUAAACAUUCACCCUGAAGAAGUUGUACUGGCUUUAAAAGCAAGAAUAUCAGUUGCUGUUUCCGGCAAUCCACCUCCCAGUGAGCAGAGACUAAUGUUUAAAGACGAGGAAAUGGAUGAAACGCGUCAAUUAAAGACGUAUGGAAUCAAUAUAGAAAGUGAUGACACUCCUAUUACUUUAUUGGUGCUAAAAAAUCUACACAUUGAAAGUUCUCCAGACUUGAGAAAUGAGGUACAAUUUCACCCAGAUGACAAAGUGGGUGUCCUGAAAUUAAAGUUUUGUCGGCAACGACUCGAACCAAGUACACAUCAGCUGUUUUAUUGUUCUGCUGAUCGGCGAUGCGAGAUACUUGAAGAUGACCAAGCAAUAUCCACCUACAAUCUACCCGAAUCACCAACACUCCGUCUUUGUAAAAAUGACCACAUCAAUCAACUAGACAGUGAAUGUCUAAACAGUGUGAAAAAGAAGGCCAUCUGGAGUGAUGAGGGUGUUCAGAUUAGUUCUCUAGAAGCAAUCCCGCAAGACCAGCAAGUAACCGUGUCCGUUAAUGUCUACGAUCCAUCAAAAUCGUCAUUUAUUUUCCCUCACGGCUACUCUCUUAUUAGUAGUGUUUAUAUGAUAAACAUGGUCAUGACUGAUGCUUCCUUGAUCCGUGGAUUACAAGUUUGCUUGACAAAGUACCGACAGCAAAACAGACGAGGAAGUGUGCAAGUAUUGCAAGCUUCAUGCAUACCCACGCACUGGGAGGCGGAUCGUAGUGCACCUGUGUUCAGUUUCUCACCAGUUGAACCACAAAGGAUCCAAACUCAAGGAGGGACAUUGACGUUGCGUCUAGACUUUCGUCGUUGCUACCUUGUUGUAGCAGAAUUAUCUCCUCAACCAUCUGUGUGGUCACGAAUGUCAAAGUCGUUCUCUACAUUUUUCGGAAGAAAUCAUCAGCCGCCACCAACAGCAUCCGGAACUGACCAGCAACCCCGCCGUGAGAACGAUAGUAGCCCUCAGCACAAUGCAAUCUUGAGAGUUACACCUCAGCUUGUCGAAUAUUUACAAAUAAAUCAAACUUACCUGUUCCGACUUAGGGAUCACCUGUUUGACAAAAAAUUCAUUUCUGAAAGCGAUUACGUAGCCUUGGAUCAGUUUAGUAGCACCACUGAAAGAGCUGAUUAUCUUACGAGAGUAAUUGCAGAGCGUAUCAGAUAUUGUGAUAGAACAUUUCAGGAGCUCAUUGACUCUCUGGAGUUUGUUACUGUAUCUGAAAAAUGGGCUAAAGACAUUCUGGAAAUACUGCAUACAGCACGAGACACCCUUACUGUAAACUAUAAUUAAUGUAGAUCUACCUUAUAAUAAUAAUAAUGUCUUAUAAAUAGAACUGAUGUUUUUACUGUCACUUAUUGCAUGAUCUCCACAUUGUCCAUUAAAUAAUUAUGAGCACUAUUAUAAAGCAA